UUUUUUUGUGAUUAUUGUUUCAAAACAAAUAGUUUAUUAAACUUUUUUUUUAUAGACCAAAGAAAACCCAUUAGUAGUCUAUCUAUAGUGUUGUCGUCCAAUGGACUGACUUUUGUAUUGACCAUCAGUUCCCACACAACUGGUUGUUGUUAUCCCUCCACAGGAAGUCAUUAAUAUCAAAGACAAGACUUUUUUUAUAUAUAUAUAAUUUAAAUAAUAAUAAGACUAUUAUAUAUAUAGACAUCACUUCAAAGACUGUCUCUUGAGAUGAGCUCUAGUUUUGUCUCUUUUUUUUUGAAGUCAUUUGUUUAAAACCCAUCUCUUCAUUGGCUAUUGUCUUCAUAUAUUUUAAUCAAUGAUAUCGUCGUCGUCUCAAUCAUAUCGUCUUCAUUGUCGUCGUCGAUGGCAAUGAUGAUGACAAUGGCAGUGACCACUAGUACUGCUUCAUCAUCAUCAGCAGCAUCGAUGUCCUCAACUACUUCCUCAUCGGCUAAUACAAGACUACAUACCAACGCAGCCGCAGCUGCCGCCGCUGCCAACGAUAUGAUAAUGACAUCGUUUAAUAUAACCGAUUUGACUGCCGAAGAACAGCACUUGCUGUCGGAAAUUAGGCGCCGAAAAGCCGAACUAAUGGCCGAAAUUCAACAGCUAAAAGACGAGAUAACCAAUGUUACCCACGAGAUGUCCAAACUGGAGGUCAACAACGAUGACGAAUCGAAAGUGAAUACAAAAGAAAAGCAACGAUCGAUCGGUAAAAAGCGAUUCAAUAUGGAUCCGAAAAAAGGUAUCGAAUAUCUGGUGGCCAACCAAUUGGUCGCACAGACACCCGAAGCUGUCGCCCAUUUCCUGUUUCUCGGCGAAGGACUCAAUAAGACGGCAAUCGGUGUCUAUUUGGGCGAAAAGAUUGAUUUCAAUCUAAAAGUUUUGGACUCAUUCGUCGAAUUACACGACUUUACCAAUCUGAUCCUUGUCCAGGCUCUCCGUCAGUUUUUAUGGUCAUUUCGGCUGCCAGGAGAAGCCCAAAAAAUUGACCGAAUGAUGGAAAAGUUUGCCCAACGAUAUUGUCAGCAAAAUCCGGGCGUCUUCAGCAAUACGGAUACCUGUUAUGUACUGAGUUUUUCGAUCAUUAUGUUGAAUACGGCUCUGCAUAACCCGUCGGUAAAAGACAGGCCAACAGUCGAUAAAUUUGUUACAAUGAAUCGUGGGAUCAACAAUGGCGGCGAUUUACCAAAAGAAUUGCUACAAUCGUUGUACGAUAGUAUCAAACAGGAACCGUUCAAAAUACCCGAAGACGAUGGCAACGAUCUGAUGCAUACGUUUUUCAAUCCCGACCGGGAGGGCUGGCUAUGGAAACAAGGAGGCAGAUAUAAGAGUUGGAAACGUCGAUGGUUUAUACUCAACGACAAGUGUCUGUACUAUUUUGAAUACACUACCGAUAAGGAACCCCGCGGUAUCAUUCCCCUGGAAAAUGUCCAGAUUAGAGAGUGUCCGGAACGUACAUCCAAACCGCAUUGUUUUGAAUUGUUUUCCGCGGGCGGACCGUCGGAAUUUAUCAAAGCCUGCAAAACCGAUGCCGACGGCAAAGUAAUCGAAGGCCGACACACUGUCUAUCGGAUGUCCGCCGCUACGGCCGAAGAAAAAGACGAAUGGCUUAAAGGUAUCAAAACAAGUAUAAGUCAUAAUCCGUUUUACGAUAUGUUGGCCGCCAGGAAACGUAAGGCUCAACAUUACUGAUGGAUGGAUGGAUAUGAUGGAUGAGAGGAGGA